UAUAGUCUAAUAGUCUAUGAUGCCAAACAAUUUUGCCUUGUCACUUAAGUAUUUAAAGAAAAAGUUUUUUCAAUUAAAUUCGAAAAACAAAAAAUGAGAAAACAACAUCAUUUUUAAGUUUGAAAUACCCCCACACCUCCGCCAAAUUCACACUCCAAAGUCCAAACACCAAAAGAGCAAAACACAGAAAAUCAAAAUGAGCAGCAACGAUGCAACAGAUUUGAUUUUGGCACCAAAAGCAGCGGUGGUUGUAUUUUUAUUAAAGGAAAAGAAGGUGCUUUUGGGACGCCGUCGCGCCGCUGUUGGCGACUCCACCUUUGCUCUUCCCGGCGGAAAUCUAGAGUUUGGGGAGAACUUCGAGGAAUGUGCAGCAAGAGAGGUGAAAGAGGAAACCGGGUUAGAUAUUGCAAAUAUAGAGCUGCUAACUGUGACUAACAACCUUUUUGUGGAAGGGCCAAAGCCUUCACAUUAUGUGACCAUCUUCAUGAGAUCAGCGCUAGCAAAUCCUGAUCAAGUGCCACAAAAUAUAGAACCUGAAAAGUGUGAUGGGUGGGAUUGGUAUGAUUGGGACAAUCUUCCUCAACCACUCUUUUGGCCCCUUGAGAAAAUGGUCAACGAUGGCUUCAAUCCUUUCUCUUCCUAGAGUAGGUGAUCUUAUAUGUAGUAUGUACUUCAAAUGAGCCAUCAAUUUGGAUUAAUGGGUGAUGUUUGUGUUUGAUCUUGUAUCGAUUUCACGUUGUGUUAAAAAUCUAUUAUAACUUAUUUGGGAAUGAUAUAUGAUCAUUCUAUUCAUCUUA